GUUCGAUCGACGAUACAGUCGCGCAGAGGAAGGAAAAGACAGACGUGCGGCAAUAUCGCAAUUCAGGGCAUUUAAACCGCAACAAAACGCAAUUAGCGUUCACACUAACAGCGUUAUAUAUUUUCCCGUGUGGAUAUAGGACUGUACCUUUUAAAAUACGCCUGAGAAGUUUCAACCCAUUUACUGAUAGACUGACACACGGAUUCUCGUCAGACGACGCAAUCUACAAAAUUCACAUUUUAUAUUAUUCUGCGAUUUUAAAGCCUGUUUUCCCCUCAGGAAGACUUCAACGUGGACAAAUAAGAUCUUCUAGAUUCAAGAUCCAAAAUUCAGAAGAACAUCAUGUUUACAUGCAGAACUCUAAACAUCGCUGACCAGCGGCUUCUGGAGAAAUAUGGAGCCUUGUGCUGAAUCUCAGGGUGAUCCUGAGAGAGCUCUGUCCCAUGCAGAGAACAGAGAACACCUUGCCACCCCAGCUGCCUUAAUGCCUGGUGAUGAUGCAGCACAUUUGACUCCGGGAAGAAUGAGCCAGCGUGGGAAGGACACGCCCAGUAAAGAUCUGCUCACAAGCCCCUCCCUCAGCCCGGGCGUCAGCUACAGUCACGGUUUUGAUCGUGGCAAAGAGGAAAUCCUGCCUCUGAAAGAGGACUCGUCACACUCCAUAUCCAAGAGCAAGUCAGAAACCAAGCUCUAUAAUGGCUCAGAUAAGGAUGUAUCAGCAUCUGGAAACAAACUCACCAAGAAGGAGUCACUCAAGGUACAAAAGAAGAACUACAGGGAAGAAAAGAAACGAGCUACUAAAGAACUGCUCAGCACCAUCACUGAUCCGUCUGUCAUCGUCAUGGCCGACUGGCUCAAGAUCCGUGGCACGUUGAAGAGUUGGACCAAGCUGUGGUGUGUACUGAAGCCAGGUGUUCUGCUCAUCUAUAAGACCAAUAAGAACGGCCAGUGGGUCGGUACCGUGCUGCUCAACGCCUGCGAGCUCAUCGAGAGACCAUCUAAAAAGGACGGAUUCUGUUUUAAGCUUUUCCACCCGCUAGAACAGUCCAUAUGGGCCGUCAAGGGUCCUAAAGGAGAAGCUGUGGGGUCCAUCACUCAACCGUUACCCAGCAGCCACCUGAUAUUCAGAGCAGCUUCAGAAUCAGAUGGUCGCUGUUGGAUGGACGCUCUUGAAUUGGCUCUGAAAUGCUCAAGUUUGUUGAAGAGAACGAUGAUCAGAGAAGGCAAAGAGGAGAUGACUCAGACCACAGAACACUCACACAUCAACUUCUACAGUCUGCUGAGAGCGCACAACAUGCAGGGCUUUCAGUUGAAUGACAGCGACCAGUUUAAGGAUCCUGAUCUGUACUCGGAUAAGUCCGACCGCGAGAAUGAGCAGGAGCCGGAGGAAUGGGAGAAUGAAGUGAUGGAGAAGAGCGAAGAGAGCGACAGUGACACGUCAGGGCGACAGGAAGACUCGUACAUCGACCUAGACCCGAACGAGACGCUACGGGAGACGCCAUACAUAGAGCAGAGCCAUGAGGAGCUUGGAGAGGCUGGCGAGGCGUCACAGACAGAGACGGUAUCAGAAGAGAAUAAAUCUCUGAUCUGGACUCUUCUGAAGCAGGUUCGACCCGGUAUGGAUCUGUCCAAAGUUGUGCUGCCCACCUUCAUUCUGGAGCCCCGAUCCUUCCUGGACAAACUGUCUGAUUACUACUACCACGCUGACUUCCUGUCGGAAGCUGCUGUGGAGGAGAACGCCUACGACCGCAUGAAGAAAGUGGUUAAAUGGUACAUUUCAGGAUUUUACAAGAAGCCAAAGGGUUUAAAGAAACCGUAUAACCCCAUUAUUGGAGAAACGUUUCGUUGUUUGUGGCUCCACAACCGGACAAACAGCAAAACCUUUUACAUCUCAGAACAGGUAUCCCAUCAUCCUCCUGUCUCAGCGUUUUACGUCAGUAACAGGAAGGAUGGCUUUUGUCUCAGCGGCAGCAUUCUGGCCAAGUCCAAGUUUUAUGGAAACUCUCUGUCGGCAAUCUUGGACGGUGAGGCCAGACUGACAUUUCUCAACAGAGGAGAAGACUACGUGAUGAACAUGCCCUACGCUCACUGCAAAGGUAUUCUGUAUGGUACUAUGACACUAGAGCUGGGCGGUCAGGUCACCAUCACCUGUGAGAAGACGGGCUACAGCGCUCAGCUGGAGUUCAAACUCAAGCCGUUUCUCGGAAGCAGUGACAGCGUGAAUCAGAUCAACGGAAAGAUUAAACUUGGGAAAGAGGUGCUGGCCACACUCGAGGGGCACUGGGACAGUGAAAUCUUCAUUAACGAUAAGAAGACGGGCGAAGUUGAGAUGUUUUGGAACCCGACGCCCGAGCUGAGACAGAGCAGACUGACCCGCUGUACUGUACCACCAGAGGAACAGGGCGAGUUUGAGUCCGAGAGAUUGUGGCAACAUGUGACGCGGGCCAUAAAUAACAAGGACCAGACAGAAGCGACCAAUGAGAAGUUCAUCCUGGAGGAGGUUCAGAGGAAGGCGGCACGCGAGCGAAAGGCGAAAUGUGAGGAGUGGACGCCCCUUUUGUUCGAACAAGACCCUGCCACCGGAGAGUGGCAUUACCGAUAUGCCGACACUCGUCCGUGGGAUCCGCUCAACGAUCUGAUUCAGUUCGAGAAAGACGGCUGUAUUCAAACCAAAGUGCGCCACAGGACGCCUAUGGUACGUUCAGCCAGUGUAGUUAGUCUCAGUACCCAGCAGGGCUCCCGGAGGGACAAUUACCUGAGCCAGGUGACAGGACCAAAACGAAAACAUAAAAGUGACAAACUGAAAAGUCCAGAAAGUGGCUGCUCGUCUCCGGAACCGGACCGACAGGACUCGUCUGGCAGUGAGAGGCACAAAAGCAAACACACCAGUCGCUUGAGGAAGAAAGCAACAGAUUUAAGUGAAAUCCAAAGUGCCAUUGAGUCGAUCAGACAAACCCAGGAGGAUAUUAACAGGAGUGUGACCGCUCUGAGGGGUCGAGUGGCGAGUCAGUCGGCGGCGGAGAGCUCGUUCCUCACGCACAGAGACUUCGCCAUCAUUCUUUUCCUCAUCAUCCUCCAGGUGUUCCUCAACUUCAUCUUUAAAUAACACCACAAACUGCCAAGACACUCCCACGUCUUCAGCUCGGAAGUCGAGGAUCGACCCGGGAACAAACUUUCCAUCCUUCACUCGAUAUCACCUUACAACACAUUCGGUUUUUAUUUGUGUUGUUUUUAUAUGAAUUUGUGCUGUGAUCGCUGCAAAAGGACGGCCAUGCUAGCUUCUCUUGAGGAGAAGUGCAUUGUGGGAAUGUUUUUUCUUUUACUCUUCAAAAAGGGGAAAAUCCCAGCAUCCCCCAAACCAUUGUUUUAAAAUGUUUAUUUUAUAUUUUCAACUCCCUUGAAUGCCCCCUGCUGUAUUGGAGGAUAUCAGUAAAGCUUCAAACUCCUGUUAAAGGGAUGGUUCGCCCAAAAAUGAAAAUUCUCUCAUUUACUCACCCUCAUGCCAUCCCAGAUGUGCAUGACUUUCUUUCUUCUGCAGAAAACAAACUACAAUUUUUUGAAGAAUAUUUCAGUUCUGUUGUUCCUUACAAUGCAAGUGAUUGGUGGCCAGAACUUUGAAGGUCCAAAAAGCACAUAAAUGAACCAUAAAAGUAAUCCAUAAGACUCCAGUGGUUUAAUCCAUGUCUUCUGAAGUGAUAUGAUAGGUGUGGAUGUGAAACAUAUCAAUAUUUAAGUCCUUUUUUACUAUAAAUCUCCACUUUCACUUUCACAUUCUGAAAGUGAAAGUGGAGAUUUAUAGAAAAAGUUUUGAAAUAUUGAUCUGUUUCUCACCCAAUGUGAUUGCAUAGCUUCAGAAGACAUAUAUUAAAUCACUGGAGUCUUUUAUGCUGCCUUUAUGUGCUUUUCAAAGCUUCAAAAGUCUGGUCACCAUUCACUUACAUUGUAUGGACCUACAGAGCUGAGAUAUUCUUCUAAAAAUCUUCGUUUGUGUUCUGCAGAAGAAAGUAAGUCACACAUCUGAGAUGGCAUGAGGGUGAGUAAAUGAGAGAAUUUUCAUUUUGGGCGAACUGUCCCUUUAAGGACAUGUUCGGGUUAUAUUUCACCUCCAAAUUUUUAAGAAAGAAUGAAGCCAUUUUCAUGCCAAUUAAGCACAUUUUACCACCAAAUCUCAUUAUUGUCAUAAAAAAAAAAAAAGAUAUUAUUUGAAGUGUAAUGUAUUGAUACAUCUUAGGGUAUUUCUUGUACUGCCCUUAAUUUAUGCUGAUUUAAAUAAAUUAUAAAUAAAAAAUAUAUUGCACUAAUGAGAAUCUAAUUAAAAAUAACCAUUGAAAUAUGCACAUGCAAAUAAUUGAACAUUGAUUAAAGUCUUAUUGAACGUAAAAACAGGCUUCAUUUUCUUUAUGCAUAAUAAUUUUCUAAUGAUUUUUGGGGUGAAAUGUGACCCGGACAUUCACCCAAAAAUAACGCUUAAAACAGGUUCAGCAUUGCUGGUGUUACUGAUAUUUUAUUGCAAUUUUAUUAAAUGAAUGAAGUUGUAAGGAGGUCAAUUUUGUAUUAUUUUAAAGCGUUUUGGGAACAAUUUCAUGAACUAGAAAUCUUAAAUUGAAUACCAGUAUGUGGAUUCUACAUUUCAUACGUUCACAAGUCGUGAUUUUUUAAUUUAUUUGAACUGUUUCUGAAUGAUAAGGAAGCGUGUACAGUAUACAGGGCGUUUAAUUCAAUAUAGUAGAUGUAGACGUGUAGCAGAAAAUACUGUUGCAUACUUUUGUAGUUGCUAGACACUCGUGCGCCACUGUUACAUCAGACUAGAUGUACAUUUACAAAGCCAAAUAGUCUGAGAGUAGAAUAGAGUAUUAGCUUCACAUCUGUACAUAGUAAAUAAUCAAUUUCCUUUUUUAUUUCUAGAGAAAUGUGUGUCACCCAUAGCCCACGUGUCUUUGUUUGCUGGGCGUACAUUUGGUCACCUGAUCACUUGCACACCGCCCAAUCAGAUGUUUGAAUGUGCUCAUGUGAAUAUAAUAACUACUAAAAACAAUGUGCCUUUACAAGCAGGUCUUGAAGUAAAAGACGGGCCGGAGUUUACGGGAUCGCUUGAUUUCUACCAUCUUGUUUCUCUUUUCGAGUGAAUGUGCCAUAUUGAGUCUGUUUCUAGCUCAGUGUAUCAUAGUGUUACUCACUGUGAAUUGUGUACACAAAAACACACUUUUUUAGCUUUUGUCCUAGAGCUAAAACCUGCCAUAGAUGUCUCAUCCCUGCUUAUAUCCACAACAAAACCAGGGAUCAACGUCUAUAUGAAGUCUGUUCUUUUCCAUGUUGCACCCUUAUGCUUCUAGUUUAGUUCAUCUUGUUAAUUUGUGUUAUUUGCCCCAGGGUGAUCCAUGUUAUUUUGUUGUUGUAGAUAAUUGUCACACCAGAGAGCAUCUCCUGCACCUGUGUCUAUGUACAGAUGAUGCUGUAUUACAAUAACUUCCUGUAAGUUUGUCACCUGUGACAUCACCAAAUAAAUGAAAACACUCUAUUUCUGGCCUCUCUUUGCUCUGUAUAUG